CCCAGAGCGUCGCUUCCGGCGGGGCGGCCGCUUCCGGCGGGGCGGGGGCCGCGGCGCAGCGCGGCGGGGCCGGGCGGGGGCAGGAGGCGGCGGCCGCGGCCGGGCCCGAGCCCGCGGCGUCCCGGAGCCGGCCCGGUGCGGGCGAUCAGUCCCGCGUGGCCUCGCGACUCUAGCGGCAGCGGCUCGUGGCCCUCGAAGGAUGCCGGCUUAAGCUGUACGAGGAGGAAGGGGAAAAGAUGGGCCACUGGGAGCAGCUCCCUGCAACGAGUAACCCAGCCCCGGCCCUGCCUCUGUACUGCUUAGGGAGGAAUUCUGCCGCGGAAGGUUUCUGGCGUCGGUGAUGAGCAAUGGGGUAUGAUGUAGCACGGUUCCAGGGGGAUGUUGAUGAAGACCUUAUAUGCCCCAUCUGCAGCGGGGUCCUGGAGGAGCCAGUUCAGGCUCCUCACUGCGAGCACGCCUUCUGCAAUGCCUGCAUCACCCAGUGGUUCUCCCAGCAGCAGACGUGCCCCGUGGACCGCAGCGUGGUGACGGUCGCCCACCUCCGCCCCGUCCCGCGGAUCAUGCGGAACAUGCUCUCGAAGCUGCAGAUCACUUGUGACAACGCUGUUUUUGGCUGCACGGCCGUGGUGCGGCUCGACAACCUGAUGUCUCACCUCAACGACUGCGAGCACAAUCCAAAGCGCCCGGUGACUUGCGAGCAGGGAUGCGGCUUGGAAAUGCCCAAAGAUGAGCUGCCGAACCACAACUGCAUCAAGCAUUUGAGGUCCGUGGUGCAGCAGCAGCAGACGAGGAUCGCUGAGCUGGAGAAGACCUCAGCAGAGCACAAGCACCAGCUGGCGGAGCAGAAGCGGGACAUCCAGCUGCUCAAGGCCUACAUGCGAGCCAUCCGCAGCGUCAACCCCAACCUGCAGAACCUGGAGGAGACCAUUGAAUACAACGAAAUCCUGGAGUGGGUGAACUCCCUGCAGCCCGCCCGGGUGACGCGGUGGGGCGGCAUGAUCUCCACGCCGGACGCCGUGCUGCAGGCUGUCAUCAAGCGCUCGCUGGUGGAGAGCGGCUGCCCCACGUCCAUCAUCAACGAGCUGAUCGAGAACGCCCACGAGCGGAACUGGCCGCAGGGCCUGGCCACGCUGGAGACGCGCCAGAUGAACCGGCGCUACUACGAGAACUAUGUGGCCAAACGCAUCCCCGGCAAGCAGGCCGUGGUGGUGAUGGCCUGCGAGAACCAGCACAUGGGCGAGGACAUGGUGCUGGAGCCGGGACUGGUGAUGAUCUUCGCACACGGAGUGGAGGAAAUCUGAAGGACUCGGGAAGAGAAACGCUCCGUGCUGCCGAGGGAGAGGAGGGGGAAGGUGGCGAGGCAGAGACUGGGGGGCAGCGGGUCCCAGCCGCUGGGGUUCCCCCCCUCAGACACGGUUUGUUAGGGCACCGCUCCCUCCACCCUCUUGCUUCCCAGCCAAAAUGAUUAAACGCCCCUGGUAAAUGCUACUCAAACACUUGGCCCAGCAGCGACCGCACCGUGCAGCCCACCCGUCUUUGCCCCUUGCAGCUCAGCGUUCCCCAUUUCGUGGCUCUCGGGGGGGGAAGAAAGAAGGAGCAACCUCCCCAAAUAACUGCUGCCCCCCCCCGGGGUGGGAACACUGCCCCCCAGGCUCCGUGUGCCGUGGCUGUGGUGCUGUGGACGGUGGCAGCUCUCACGUAGCCGCUGCCUUGAUCCUCCUCGGGCUUCAUCUCCCUCUCUGCAUUUUUCGCCUCCGUGCUCAGAAGUGUCCCUGCUGCUGUGCUGCUGGCCUGGCCUCCUGCCCCCCCCCCCCGACCAGACCGUACCUGGGGGGCAAAUCUGGCGGGGAGAGGGGCAGAGGGGGGAGAACCUGCCCCGGGCAUGGACUGAGCUGCCCCCACGCCCCCCCCAGCCCCCCCAGCCCUGCCCUUCCAGCUCUCCUCCAGCCUGGCCCCCCCGUGAUCCUGCAGCCCCCUGGCACCCGGGGGGGGCUCCCACCCUCCCGCUGCCCCCACCCAUGGGUGCUCAGCUCGGCUUCCUCCGCUGUUGCUGGUGUUUGUCUGCGGACACUCGUGAUUGUGGUUCUGUAUUUUUUUUUGUACUUCUCGCCCUUUUCUUGUUUGUAUUCCCUCCCCCCCCCCCCAACCCCCUCCUAUUUCAUUUUUGAAGUACCGCGGCCGGGCCCCUCAGCCCCUGGUUACGUUUCCUUGUUGGGAAUUUAAUUUAUUUGCAUCCGUUUCGUUGUUUUUUACACUCCUUUCUCCUCCCGUGCCUGCAGUGCCCCCGUGCCGGGGGGGGCCAGGGCCGGGCCCCAUCCCCAAUAAACGCCGUUCUGGUUGCUUUA